GGAAGGAUGGAAGAGAACACCCGAGUUGAGACUACGAACUCAGUUUUGAAUCCUUGAGCUCUACAAAUGAAAAUUUCAACGUCAAAGGAUGUAUAGGUUGAGCCACCAAGAAGUGGAUUCAGGAUUGGGAGCUUGACUGCAUCUGGUUGCAAAUCCAGCGCUCUUGACCUUCAAGGCACUAAAAAUCCCCGUCUCUGAAGAGUUUAGAGUCUGCUGUAAAGUAUGAAGUCCACCAGAGGUGAACAAAAGGGUAAGAGACUGGAGACUGAAGGAAAGAUCCCGUUAAUCCCUCAGCAGGAACCAUGGAUGGCCUCCCAGCAUGGAAUUCAUCUUUCCAGAACAAGGUGACGCAAUGGUGACAUCACAAAGGGAGGGGGAGUCUUGUCAUCUCGUACAGGACGUUCAGCCUGCUCUGCAUUCUCCUCUUGUUCUAACACCUCUCUUGGCCUUAACAUCCUGUUGAUCCUGAAGAGGAGGUGGGGCUCCCAAGGAAGCAGUAGCGAAAUAGCCCUAGCCGUCAGCAUGUGACUACGGAUUCCUGGACAUUAAAGGGUCAACGGCGGAGCGUGGGCUGAGAGUCCCUGGAGACAACCUGUGUGCUUGGGUAGAGCGCAAUCCAGUGGUGAGAGAGAAGGAAGCAACUCUCUCUUUCUGAGAGUGUUUCUUGUGUCCCUCCACUCCUUUCCUCCAGAACCGGCCCAAGACCCAACACAGACAGCAGGACAGCCGUCCACUGCCCAGGGAGUGUCUUCUCUCCUCAGAGCACAGAGUCCCGGACCUCUCCAGGACAACACUCAAGACAGAGAAGGCUCCAGGGGCCACGACGAUGCCUGUCCUUUCCUCCCUACACUGCCCAACUCUGCCAUCCCUGCUGCUGACUCUGCUUCUGGGAUUCACAGGAACUGCAGGUGAAGAGUUCCAGGUGAACCAGCCUGAGAGUUCAGUGUCAGUCAGAGCUGGAGACAUCUUAACACUGGCUUGCAACGUGUCUGCUCACUCCCCAGCAGGGCCUGUCUUGUGGUUCAGGAAGAAUGGGCCAGAACAACAAUUAAUCUACAGUUUCAAUGGCAGCCACUUCCCCCGAGUAAACCAAGUGGAAAACACAGAGGUCAAUCAAACAGACUAUUCCAUCCGCAUCAGUGAUGUGUCACCCAAGGACAUGGGCACCUAUUACUGUGUGAAGUUAACAAUAGGGCAUCCUGACAUGGCGUAUGUAUCUGGUUCAGGCACCUGCGUGUCUGUGAAUGGAGCCUCACAUGAGCUAUUCCAGGUGCAACAAGCUGAGAUGACACAGACUGUAUCGACUGGAGACACAGUCACCUUGAGUUGCAGGGUACCAGAUUCGUUCCCCAAAGGACCUGUCUUAUGGUUCAAGGGAAGGCCACACCGGGAAUUAACCUACAAUUUCAAAGGAGGUAUCUUUCCCAGAGUAAAAGAAAUUGGACGCACCACCAAAGCUGGCAACACAGACUUUUCCAUGCACAUCAGUGAAAUCUCUCUUGCAGACGCCGGCACCUACUACUGCGUGAAGUUCAAGGAGGGGCAACCUGACCUGGAGUUCCAGUCAGGUCCAGGCACUGAGGUGUUUGUGACUAAUAAGUUUGUCUCUUCCUUCCCCUGUUAUGAGCUGCUAUCUCAGUUAACCAAGUCCUCUACUCAUCGAACAACUAGAUUAUGCUAAAUAUUAUUGAAGGUGCAAUAUACAUUCUUCUGUCAUUCUCUCGGCAACUUGCGAAUUAAGUGUUUUACAGGAGAAGAAACGGAUUCAGAAAGGUCAAUUGAGUGAUGAAGGACAUUUUGGUUGACAUCCCAAUAUUCAACCCACCCCCAAUAGCCUAGACUAAACCAGUUAAGGGUAAUUUCAUGACUCCCUACCAGUGAUUAACUCAAAUAUGAGACUGUCUUAAGCCAGUUUGUGUCCCUAAGAGAGAAGAAUAGGCUUGCAGAGAAAUCUGGGAAACUAAUGCAAUUCUCUUUCUUGUUGGCUAGGAACAAGCAGUCAUAUUGCCCCAGGUGCUCCUGAGAGACAUGACCAUGAGGGGAACCAAGUUGAGGAAAAAUCUGCUCUAGAGAAGUGCAAAGAUAUAAAGAAUGUGGGUUGACGACAUUGCACCGCCAUAUUGUUCCUGGUUCCAACCCCACUUCUGGACCUCCAGUUAUGGGAGAGAAAACAUCUCCUUGUUAAGCCAGUUUGCUGAAAGUUAGCACUGUCCUAAGGGAUGCCAGGUGAUAAAGUUCCCACGUCCACGGAGCACUAAAGUACGAUUUCAAAUCA